AUGUGCGGAUAUGUACUUCCAAGCGCUGAACGUUACAGGGUCUUGGGCAGAGGCCAGUCAAGCUGGAGGGGCACGGUGGCGGAUCACUACAGCGUGGAGCAAACUGACGCCGAGAUUCCAGAAUGGGUUGCUUUGGGUAAGGUUGAGCUCAAAGUAGUUCGUGGAUGUACGGACAGUGGCCUCCGCUACUUGAAUCUGUACGUGAAGCACCUAGGGCGGGCAGGAUUUGUUGUCGGAGGUCUGCUGGGAGAGGACGACCACGCGGACGUCAUGGUUCCUCCAGAGGCAUGUGCCACGCGUCUGGCCCUGGUGGAUAAUGUGGAAGCAGGCCUGAAAGCUCCAUCAGUGGCCUCGGUCGCAGUGGCAACCCUUGCGUGA